AGACCGCAUCCGCUGGCCUAGGCUGUAGGAUGGUAGCGCACAGCAAGGUGUCAGCAGAUAAUGCCGUUGCAGCAGACCCGAGACGUCUACUCGACCCUCCGGCGCGGGACCGUUUGCAGGCUCGAGGCUACCACGGCCCAGGCCGGCCCAGCGCUGUGCAGGCACAGAGCAACACACACUUCCGAACGUUCCGCUCGCAAGCGGAUUUCAGUAGCAUCACUCGAGCAAGCAGUCUGCUGGAUGCCUGUGGCUUCUACUGGGGGCCUCUGACUGUCAGUGCCGCCCAUGAGAAGCUCAAGUCGGAGCCCGAGGGCACCUUCCUCAUCAGGGACAGCAUGCAGAAGAACUGCUUCUUUGCCAUCAGUGUUAAGACUGCAACUGGGCCCACCAGCAUCCGGAUAAACUUUCAGACAGGGCGUUUCAGCCUGGAUGGCAGCAAGGAGACCUUUGACUGUCUUUUUAAGCUGCUGGAACAUUACCUAAGCUCCCCGCGGAAGGUGCUGGUUACGCCCCUGCGCAAAGUCCGCGUGCAGCCCCUGCAGGAGCUCUGCCGGAAGAGCAUCGUGAAGACUUUUGGGAGAGACAACUUAAACCAGAUCCCCCUCAAUCCUGUUUUAAAGGACUACCUGAAAUCCUUCCCGUUUCAGAUAUAAGUACAGCAUUAACUGUAUGGGGAUGUGUGAGAGAUGCCUCAAGAAAUCCCGUCUCCUGGGGUUUUAAACAUGUUUGACAGUGAGCAAACUUAUUUUUGUAGCAAUUUACUGUAUUUUGGGAUGGAACUUGAACACUUGACUUCCUAUGUUUACAAAAACUGUUUGCACAAACCUGGGGUUUUAAAACCCUGGCAUAAUUUUUCUGCCAAGCAGAAUAUUUUAUUAUUUUAUAGUAUUUUUAAUGAUAUUAAGAUAAUAAACUUUAUUGUGAAA